AUGACUACUCAAGAUAUCAAGCUGACAAAUGUCAUCCCACCCACAUCACCUACUUCAAUAACACUUCAACAUCCAUCUUCUUUGUUUCCUCCUGCUGGCAGUCAAUAUUACUCUUCUCCAGUCAGCAGUGAUACGAGUGAAACUCAGCACUUCCUUCAACCUGAUAACCAUUCCCAUCAAUUUCAGGAGGAGGAAGAAGAAUCUUCUUCAUGCUGCAAAUUUCCUUUCCGCCAAUUCUUGCUUACUUUCUUAAAAUUUGUCUUUUCACUUUCUCUAUUCCUGACAAGCUCUGCUCUCACUCGAAUCGUCACCAUGGAAGCGUUGGUUCCUUCAGUGGAUCUUUCACAACCUCCUUUGAGAGAUUUCAUUCUGAAUCGAGUGAAAACAUUUCCUUUAGCGUUCAAAAUCUCUGAAUAUAUCAUUACCUUUUUGUUUCUUCUUUUAAUCGUGAUUGCUUGCUUCAAUAAGACGCACAGAAUUUCAAUUCUUUCUCGAACUUUGCUUCUUGACAGUGUGUUACUUCUCUUGAGAUUAAUUACUAUGUCUUCGACGAUAUUAAGCAUUCCUAACCAUACAGAUGUUCAUAAAUGUGAAGAAUUACAACACAUGACAUUGAAAGAACGACUUUAUGGAUCCACAGGGAAAGAGGGCGAAAGUGCUCUCUCCUACACAUGUGGAGAUUACAUGUUUUCUGGCCACACAUGUAGCAUUGUUUUAUUUACGUGGAUGAUCCUUUAUUACGCAAUGCCAAGUGUUUCUUUUGAACAUUCAAAACUCUCUUCGAUUCACUCUCGAAGGAUUUGGAAAAUAAUGAAAAUCGUACUUGUUGCAUUCAUCACAAGUUGCUGUUUGAUUGCCAUGUUUUGCGUUAUAUGGUCGAAAGAACAUUACACGUGUGACGUAUUAGUGGCAGGUAUGAUUACCGUUUUGGUAUGUCAUGCUUAUCAUUGUCAAUUGAAUUUAUGGUGUCUAUUGAAAAGAGCGGAUGGAGAGAAAGAAAAUGAAUCGAUGCAUGGGGUGGUUGUCUUGUUCUUUAAGAUUUAUGAAUUUGAUUCAAGUGAGCAUUCAAGAGGAAAUGAAUUUGAUUUAAAACCUUGGACUUUGAUUAUGAAAGUUUUUCGAAAAGUGACAAACCAACAACAUUCCAACUGCUCCAUGAACUGUUUUUCCACUCAACAUCAACAAUAA